AAAGUAGGUAGGUAUAGACAAUACAAUAGCACAAUUAAUCACAACAGUUUAAUUGAAUGUUAUGUACAUAAAAGCGGUUUUUAUUUAAAUGUUGAUAACAAAUUUUCAAUUGUAUUAGCUGUUUUACAAUCAUAACUCAAAGUCCAUUUAGGGAGUAUUGCGUAAUUCGUCUUUAACACCUCUUCGGUUUUCGCACGUGUUUAAAUAUUUUGUUUUAAAAAUGUUUAAGGGUUUAGUUGGGUUGGUUACCGGCGGCGCAUCGGGUCUUGGAAAAGCGACUGCGGAACAUUUAGUAAAGCAAGGAGGGCGUAUUGUAAUCUGUGACCUGCCCUCCAGUUCAGGGUCCAAUCUUGCUAAACAAUUAGGAAAUGAUGCAGCAUUUGUUCCUGUUGACGUUACAUCAGAAAGUGAUGUUAAGAAUGCAUUACAAGCGACAGUUGAUAAGUUCGGGCGAUUAGAUGUAGCGGUUAAUUGCGCAGGCAUUGCCACUGCCUCUAGAAUAUAUAAUUUCAAGAAGAAUCAACCAUUUGAUUUGAAGGCUUUCCAAAAAACCAUUGAGGUGAAUUUAAUUGGAACAUUCAAUGUAAUUCGCUUUGUGGCUGGUCUCAUUGGCAAGAAUGCACCAAAUGCAGAUGGCCAAAGGGGUGUCAUAAUCAACACAGCUAGUAUAGCUGCUUUUGAUGGCCAAAUUGGACAGGCGGCAUACUCUGCAUCAAAAGCAGGAGUAGUGGGUAUGACUUUACCAAUCGCGAGGGAUCUUUCAAAGCAAGGAAUAAGAGUGGUCACUAUAGCACCAGGUCUAUUCCGAACACCAAUGAUAGAACUGUUGCCGGAGCCGGCAAUCAAAGAGCUGGAAUCAACAGUACCGUUCCCGGCGCGUUUGGGACAACCCAACGAGUACGCGUUGCUCGUGCAAAGCAUUAUACAGAAUCCGAUGCUCAACGGAGAGACCAUAAGAUUGGACGGCUCCUUGAGGAUGCAGCCUUAGUCUAAGCAUACUCUUUUUGUUAUACACAUGUUAAUGGAAUAAUAUAGAUGUUAUAUCUUUUUAA